CUUUCUGAGGCAAAGGGCCAGGAGGGGAGAGGAUGGCCAGGCCCUGAGUGGAGCGAGGUGUCACUUUUACAGCCAUUUUGGCUGCUCAUAAACACCCCGGAGUCGCUGGAGGCCCCUGCAGCUGAAUCCCAAACCACCAUGAAAUAUGAGCAGUGAGACACCUAGGCGUGACUUGCUUCAAGAUUCGGGUUCCUAAGGAAUCAGAUGGGACCUAGGCUGCCUUGUACUUGCGUGCCAGCCCCAAUGGCCCCCAAAAAGCCAGAGCCCAAGAAGGAAGAGGCCAAAGCCAAAGCAGCUCCAGCUCCAGCCCCAGCUCCUGCACCUGCGCCUGAACCCGAGCGCCCCAAGGAGGUGGAGUUCGAUGCCUCUAAGAUCAAGAUCGAGUUCACACCGGAGCAGAUCGAAGAGUUCAAAGAGGCCUUCAUGCUGUUCGACCGCACGCCCAAGGGCGAGAUGAAGAUCACGUAUGGGCAGUGCGGGGAUGUCCUGCGGGCGCUGGGCCAGAACCCCACACAGGCUGAGGUGCUCCGCGUCCUGGGGAAGCCGAAGCAGGAAGAGCUCAACACCAAGAUGAUGGACUUCGAGACGUUCCUGCCCAUGCUGCAGCACAUCGCCAAGAACAAGGACACGGGCACCUACGAGGACUUCGUGGAAGGGCUGCGGGUCUUCGACAAGGAGGGCAACGGCACCGUCAUGGGCGCCGAGCUGCGCCACGUGCUGGCCACGCUGGGUGAGAGGCUGACUGAGGACGAGGUGGAGAAGCUGAUGGCGGGGCAGGAGGACUCCAACGGCUGCAUCAACUACGAAGCGUUCGUGAAGCACAUCAUGGCCAGCUGAGUCUGCGGUGAGACUGGGCCCCGCUCAGGGGCUGGGAGCCAUGUGGGGACAUUGGUUCCACUCACCACGGGACACGGUGGCGGCGGAGCGGCGUGGCGUCGUCUGUGUCCUGUCGGGUCGCGCCGGCCUGGCACUGUGUUCUGUCUCCGCUGUGGGCUCAUAAAUAAAUAAACGACGCUCCCUCGCCUG